AUGGCGGGCCUUUCCAAUCUCUUCGACAAUAAUCCGUUCCGCCGAGCCGCCCUCCCCUCCGCACCUUCCCCAGGCCAUGGCUCUGCAGCUGCGCCCGCCGGGAAAACCCCACCACCUUCCGCGCGCACAGGGCCAUCCCCGUCCGCCAGGCUGGGCGCGGCGCUUGCGGAAGCCGCUGCGCUCCGGAAGCACGCGGGGAAAGGUGAGGGGGAAGCGGAAGCAAGAGGGAAGGGCGGAAAGAAGUUGAAGAAGCGCAAAGGGAGCGAGACGGAUGGGGACGGGGGAAUGAGUGGAGGGGGCGGUGGGGAAGGGGAAGCGGAAGGGGCGCAGGGGGGCAAAUGGGAGGGCGCAGAGUUGGCGGACGUUACAGCGGCGAAAGGGGCACAGGCGGAAGGGGGGAAGAAGAAGAGAAGGAAGGGGGAGGCGGGUGAGAAGCAAAAGAAGGGGAAAAAGGACGUAGUGGAGCGAGAGAGUGAGGGAUCGGGUGAGGCGACGACAGGUUUGGAACGAGAAGACGUUACAGCGGACGGCGGCAAGAAGAAAGAUAAAAGAAACAAGAAGGAGAAGAAAGGGAGGGGCAAAGACAGCGCGCGAAAGGUUCUGGGUUCCGGGCUUAAGACACAUUCCGAGACCGAGAGGAGGGAGACGGACGGUGGGGAUGAGGGAGCGGAAGACGCGGAAGAGGAUGGGGAUGAGGAGGAGGAGGUGGAGGAGGUGGAGGAGGAGAUGGAGGGUGUGGAGGAGUUAGGGAGCGAGGACGAAGGUGCGGCGAAUGAUGGGGAGGAGGAUGUAGAUGCUCACAGCGACAGCAGCUCGAGUGAGGAAGAGGAAGAGGAGGAUGAAGACGAGUUAGAGGGGGAUCUAGUCGGAUGGGGUGAGGAGGAAGGCGGAGAGGAGGACGCGGAGGCAGAAGAGGAGGACGAAGAGGAAAGGGAGGAUGGGCAAGGGGAAGCGGAGGGAGCAGUGGGCGCGGCGGGGGAGAACGAGGGCAAGGGCACGGCGAAGCCAGCAGCAGCAGCGACAGCGGCGGCGGGGGAUGCGGAGCGGGCGCUGACCGGGGCGCAGAGGCGCGCGAAGAAGCGCGCGGAGAAGCAGCAGGCGCGCGAGGAGCGCGCGGAGAAGCUACAGCGCACGGUGUUCGUGGGGAACCUGCCCGUGGGCGUGGGGCGCAAGGCCCUCGCGCGCCUCUUCACCUCCUUCGGCCCCGUCGAGUCCGUGCGCCUGCGCUCCAUGCCCCUCGCUGACGACGUGAGUCGGUCUCUGAUCAAGAAGAUGCCGCGUCGGUCUGCGGUCCUCAAGAACAAAAUAUCUGCCACCCACAAGAGCUGCAAUGCAUACGUGGUGUUCAAGAGGCAUGACUCCGUCACACCAUCUCUCACUCUCAACAUGACCCUGUUUGAGGGGAGGCACAUUCGGGUGGACCGUGCCGCUGCUCCCGCACCCCCCAAGUCCGCCUCUGCAGCUGCGGCAGCAGAAGCGGCGGAGGAAGCAGCAGUGCCGGCAGCAGCAGCCAAGUACGAUCCGUGGCGGUCGCUGUUCCUGGGGAACCUGCCCCACGACGUUGAUGAAGAGGAGGUGCUAUCGCUGUUCUCAGCACCUUUAGCAGCUGCUGCUCGCUCCGCAGCACCCGCGGUGACAGCUGCGGAUGUGGAGGGGGUGCGCGUGGUGAGGGAUCGCCACACCAACCAGGGCAAGGGCAUUGCAUUCGUGCUCUUCAAGACACGGGAGGCAGCGCUUUCGCAGCGGCGCAAGGGAGCAGAGGUGCGGGGGCGAGCUGUCAGAGUGAUGCCUCUGUCUCUCAAGGCGCAGGAGCAGACACGUGCUAAGGCUCAGAUGCAGGCGGAGAAGCGCGGGAGGAAGGCCGGCAGGCCGGGGGCAAUAGGGGGAGACGGGGGAGGGAGAGGAGGCGGAUGGGCGAUGGGGAGGGGUGGCGGUUUUGCCGGUGCUGGUCGGGGGGGAGGGAGGGGAGGAGGGAGGGGGGGAGGAGGCGGGGAGGGUGGUGAGGGAGGGGGGGGACAGGGAGGGGGAGGGUCGUACCAGGGGGCAAAGGCGAGCAAGAUGGGGAAGGGAGGAGGGAGAGGAGGGGGGAGAGGAGGGGGGAGGGGAGGAGGGAGGGGCGCUGGGGCUGGGAGUCAGGUGCAGAAGCUUGCAGAGAUGAUGCCGAGAGGAAAGGCGCUGAGCAAGAGAGGAGGAGCAACGGCGGCAGGGAGAGGGAGGGGAGGGAAGGCGGCAGGGAGAGGCAGGAGAUAG